AUGAGUCUGCCUCUGCCCACCCAGACGGACUCUAAGCCAGGUUUCUCUCUCCAGGCGCUUAAAUCGCGCGCUGUCGUAUCGCCCAGAGCUCGCUUGGCCUCGAGAAAACCCAUUUGGCUCGCGACCCCAUCUACAUGGGAUCCUGACUUUGAUCCUCCUCCACCUCCUCCACACGAGGCAGGUGCGCCAGUCAAACCGCCAGUCGAUACCGUCAUGGCGGAUCGUGCCGAAGCGGUCCGCAACGCCUUUCGACACGCGUACAGCGGGUAUACAAAUGCUGCAUGGAAUUAUGACGAAUUAUUACCAACUAGUAAUGGGAGCACGAACAACUUCAAUGGAUGGGGUGUCUCUGUAAUCGACGCGAUUAGCACUAUGCAGCUCAUGGGUCUCAAAUCUGAAUACGAUGGCGCACUCGAUUUUGUCACGAAAAUGAAUUUCGACAUUAACAACGACGGCCAUGCCCGUUUUUCGAGACGGCAAUCAGGUCGUUUCCAACCCCGUAUCAUUGCAGCGAAUGCGCAUUCUAACGCCUAUGCCGGCCGAGAACAUAUCUUGCUCCAAAAGGCUGCGCUCUUGGCGGACAAACUCUUACCAGUCUUUGACUCUCCAUCUGGGCUGCCUUUCUUUGGAGUACGUACGAGCGGGCCCCCGCCAGUUUACCCUACCGAUGAUCCAAAGAGCUACAAGUAUUCCACAGCUAGCGACAACGCUCCUGGCGCGCGCCUUGCUCCUGGUGGAUCUGCACCAUUGGCCGAGUUUGCAAGUUGCCAGAUGGAACUGAAGUAUCUCUCAUGGGCAACGGGACAAGCUAGAUAUUUCUUGGCUGCCGAACGUGUUAUGGAUGUGAUGAAGAAAGCUGCACCGAAUCUCCCUUUGCCUGGUUUGUUCCCUAUUUGGUGGGAGCGUACUAAUGGAACCCCGGUUGGAGACAAAGUGUCACUAGGCGCAAUGGCAGAUAGCGGAUUCGAGUAUUUGCUCAAGCAGUAUCUUCUCACCGGAAGGACCGAGACUGCUCUAAGGGACCUAUGGCUCCAGGCGUCUGAUUCGAUUAUUUCCCACAUGCUGUUUAUCUCUCCGAACCGCAAACUUCUCUACGUCACCGACAUUGCCAGUCCCGCACACACUCCGGCGGGCAAACUUGAGCAUUUGUCGUGCUUCCUUCCGGGGCUUUUCGCACUGGGCGCGGAUCAGUUGACUGAAAAAGAGGGAAUGACCAAGGAGCGCAAGGAGCGAUACAUGUGGGCCGCUAUUGGAUUGACCAAUACAUGCAUUGGCGUCUACGAGGAUAUGCAAACUGGUCUCGGAGCCGAAAUCGUCCAAUUCCAAACCCAGAAUCCCAAAUGGAUCGACGAACUCACGAAAUGGGAGCAGACGCGCAAGCCGGGUGACCUCCCGCCAGGUGUAACAUCCAAAUGGACUCGACUUGAAUCGGAUCAGCAGCGAGACUACUACGUAUCAGAUGCCAGAUGGUUAUCCCGCCCAGAGGGCGAAAAGACUCUGGAAAGCGUGUUCUUGCUUUGGCGCACGACCAAGGAUCCUGUUUGGCGUGAACGUGGAUGGGCAGCCUUCCAAGCGAUCGAAAAGUACUCCAAAACCAAGUACGGUUAUGGCAGCGUUACGCAUGUGGAUAACAAGGCUGCAGCAGCAGCGACCGAUUCUCAACCGAGUUACUUCCUCGCUGAGACGCUCAAGUACCUCUUCCUGCUAUUCAGCGACGACAGCGCGCUGCCGCUCGACAAAUUCAUAUUCAAUACCGAGGCGCAUCCUCUGGGUGUCUGGAAAUGGAGAGAUUGGGAGAUGAAGAAGUAUAACAUUCAUUAG